AUGGCUGCCUUCAACCCCCCGUCGCGCGCAUCAUCGCGUACAGGUGGUGCCGAUGAUGCUUCUCGUCUCUGUGAGAAGGGGUGCCAGCGUCCAGCCUUUGCGGCCUACUCGACGUGCUGCACACAUUGCGAGGGCCCAGAAGGGCCUCAUGCCGGUGACUGUGCCAAGAAGGUGGAGCUCACUGGACGGCGGGUGAACACUCCGACGGUCAAGAACAUGGGCUCCAUGGUGAUCGUGCGCUGCAUCUCUGCGAAGCUUUUUCGUAGUUUCGACAAGUUUGGGCGGAUGGAUCCCUUCGCCGUUGUGGACUGGUUCUACUCAGAUGGCAACGUCGUAACCGUGGGGAGAACGAGGUCUGCAUGGGGGCAGCACAUGGAACCCAAGUGGGAGCACUGUUGCAAAGCAGUGCACUACACUGGCUCGGGUGGAGGUGACAAAGUGCGCUUUCAAGUUCUCGAGGAAAACUUCGGGGGGCUGGGAAAACCCACAUUCUGCGGUGAGCAGACAGUUGACGUUGACAUGCUCGUGGCGGGAGCCCGCAUGGUCGGCCCGGGCUUGAUGCGAAGUCAGCCCCAGCCUGUGGAGCUGUACAAGCGGGGGGAGAAGACAGGAUCCAUCCUGGUUCAGUUGGUCGUCCACCUUGAGAACGCUGGCUCGCCGAUGCAGUCUGAGUUUACCUCGGCCGAUCAAAGCCAGUUCGUGUCGCCGGUCAAGCGGAUUGGAGUGUCCGGUGGGACAGCCCCCUUCUUUAGCUUGCUUCUCAAGGAGCCGCAUGGCCAGCGCUUCGGUGACUACUGGAUUGGCAAAGACCUUUCCCGCGCUAUGGACGAGGUCCAGUUCUACGAGAAGUGUUUGAAACUGGGACGGAGUACGACCGGUGAGAUGCAGUCGCUCCUCCACUUCAUGUUCGAGUAUGCUGGUGUUCUAGAGACCACCGCAGAGGGCGAAGAGGGUUCCGAGCUGCAGCUUCUGGUCUUAGAGAACCUGCGCCAUCGCCGCGCCGGUUUGCGGUUGCUGGACAUCAAGGUCGGCGAGAAGACUGCUGCUGCCAAUUGGAAGGGCAAGUCGCGGCUGGCGGCCCUUCGGCAAGGCCUCAUCGACGAGCACACGAACUCCCAGGCGGAGGGAUUCCGACUCGAAGGCUUCGAUGGCCAGAACCCGGUGUUGAUCUCCAUGGACCCGCUCCUGGACUUCGGAGGUGAGGAGGGCCAUGGCAAAUCGACUCAGAAGAAGGCCCGGCGGAUAAUGCUGCAAAGACUGCCCGCUGCCGAGAUCUUCAUGCACUUUCUAGACAUGCACCACUAUGCAGAGCCUGGAGCCUCUGUGGUGCUCUGUGGAACCGAGUUGCUGGAGGUCGUCCUGUCGGAGAUUUGCAAACAGCUGGUUCAACUGGCCAUGGCCUGCCGGAAGUGCGAGGCCCCUCAGAAGUGGAUUGGCAGCUCUGUUGCGCUGGGCUUUGACGAUGCCUUCGGCAAAGAUCAAGCCCAUGUGGAUGGCCGUGGGUUUGGCACCGCUGAAGUGGCGCUGCGCAAGUCAGUACUGGUCAAGAUCUUCGACUGGGGCAGGUCCGAGCUGAACACGCUGCGCGAUCACCCGGAGCUUACGCCGGAAGAGCAGAAUGAUAGGCUGUACUUUUGGCGGCUCUACGUCGGAGGUAUCGACCGGCUGGCAUGGGAAGCCGUGCGGGCAUACCGACACCGCUUCGGCAACCCUCACGGAUGGCAGCGAGUGCAACUGGCUGUCUACGACUUUGACUCCCUGACGGAAAGCGAUUUUAUGGGCCAGGUCACAGUCGAUUUGGUAGACAUGGCCGAGACGACCGUGCCGCUGCUUUCCGCCAAGCGGGAACCUGUGGUGGGCAAGGAUGGCAACGCGACCAUCACGUUUUCCAUCAGGUGGCAGAGGCACGAGCCAAGCUCCAGGCUCCAGGGGGCAUGGCAAGUUCGAGUCAUCUCAGCCAGCAACUUGCCCGUGUGCGAUGGCUUCUGGGCUUCUAUCUCCCCGGCUUCCUCUCGAGCGCUCGGAGGAUUUUCUGACCCAUUUGUACAUAUCACUGCCAUGAGUGAUGACCACGCUUAUCGCUUCAAGCAGAGUACCAGCAUCAAGGUCAAAAACCUGCACCCGGAAUGGAAUGAGACCUUCGAGCUUCCAGUCGCGCGUGCCGAGCAUGCCGCACCGGAGGUUAUCAUUGGCUCUCCCAAAGUCGUCGACUUCCCACCCGACCUUACCCUCCCUGCCGUGUGCUACACCGUGGAGGACAGCAAGGUCGAAACAGAAGCCAUGACCCUCUGGAGGAAAAUGCUGAACACUAUCUGUGGCCGGCAAUUCCACAGUUUCCUGGGCUCCGGACUCUGGCUCUUCGACGACAGCACUGACCCGGCAAGCCGCGGGCAGGAGCUCAUCGAGGACAUGCUCCAGUCCCGCAAGGGGUACGCCUUGGUCCAGGUUGCCAACCUCGGCCUCCUGUUGUCUCCUGAUGGCAGUGCGAGAGCAGUUCGACAAGUGAAGUCCAAGGCUGCUUUUGUGUCUGAGCUCGCUACCAAGACGAAAGACACAGGAGCUGCAGCUUCUGCUGGUGUGUUGCCAUGCCCAGCGGAUGCCAACCUAUACAGCUGCAAGGCAUGGUGCGAGGGCGUGGUACCAGGCCAGACCGUGAAGUCCACACUGGGGGGAAAGAAGUGCUCCGAACUUCCCGCCACUGCGCUGGUCCGGGACCAGCCAUCCUGCAUGUGCUACGAUGCCGAGUACAAAGUGCAGCUGGCAAUGUGCGUGAGCACCUGCCCAGGCCGUGGUCCGGCACCAGCAAAGGAAGAGCAAGGCGGGACCUGUGCCGCUGGAGAUUCCUCCUGCAGAGCCCAGGGGUCAGGCGCCCGCCGCUUCCUCCUUUACGACACAAAGUACGGUGAGGGUUUCAACCUCCAACGUGAGGUUUAUCCUCGAGCUGGCUGGAUCGUUGCAGAGGCCAACAAGGCUUUGACAGCCAAAUGCGGAUCCAAAAGUGACGGCGAUUGUGCUCGGUGGGUUCUCGUCCUACCACCCUGGUGCCAGGUUGCACAUUGGUGGACGGGUCCGGAGCACGUUUACUGGCGUACCUUUUUCGAUUCAGAUGCGCUCACGGACUCCAAGGUCCCCGUAAUCGAGUUUGACGAGUACGUCAAAGCGGUCGGGGGGCAGUCUGUGGACAUGGCCGUGUCUUUCGAGACCGAUCAGCUCUUGAAGCAGAAGGAGCAGCUGACAGGUGGCAGCGGCAAGUUCAUGGGAUUUGCAGGGAGCAUCAGCGACUGCAAGACCAAAUAUGUGAAGCCGCUGGAGUUCCGCAAGCUAGCGACUGGCGAGUUUCAGAUCGUGUACGCAGGGCACUGUGAUGGCGCGAUCGCUGCAAAGGAGCUGCGCUGUGCCUCGCUAGACGGGCCGUGGCCACAGGGAGUGGUGGAUCUUGUCCUCGCCUUGACGUCGAAGGUCGGUUCUGUGCUGCUGAAGAAUUACGAUUAUCUUCUGGCCCCUGACAGUGAGCAGCUGGAUGAGCUUGGUCUCCGGGAGUCGAUGCUCUUCGCAGCGGACUUGAGAGCUCAUGCAGAUGAGUUCAUCCAGAAUGCGUUUCAGGGCGAAGGGUACGUGUCCGCGCACUGCCGACGAACGGAUUUCUUGAGAGCUCGGGAGAAGACCACCCCCGACGUGUCCAACAUAGCUUUGACGCUUGGCCGGCUUGGUCUUGCAGCUGCUGACAUCAGAAUAUCGUUCAACACCGUGUCGCCGUGGUGCAGUCUGCACAUGCUUGCAGUGCUCCGAUGUGACCUAAGUUUCAUCUUGUGGUGCCCAAGGAAGCUGAACGAGGUGCUGGAGCAGCUGGGGGCUGAGAUGCUUGUCCAUGCGCAGCUCGCCAACUGA